CUCAUUCUCUCACAGUCUCUUUCUCUCUCCCCAGACUCCUAACAAGCCAAGGCGAUCCUCCCCAGUGGCGUUCUCUUACAGAGAGAGAGAGAGAGAGAGAGAGAGAGAGAGAGAGAGAGAGAGAGAGAGAGAGAGAGAGAGAGAGACUCGCAAGCUCACAAGCUCACACGCCUACUCAGACAGCCCACCGCACUUUCCAGACGCCCAUCCCCAGCACACUCCCCUCCCCUAAAAGGCAUUCACCCACUCACCAGCUGUAGCCUCUUUGGUCCCCCGCCCUCCCCCCCUGGCUCCCCCUCCCCAAGAAGCAGACCUGCACGCUAGGAGGCAGGAACCCCCGGCAGUCGAGCAGCUCGGAGCGCCGCACUGACCUCCGCCUGCCCUGAGUGCAGAUUAACAAAGGCGGCGGCGAGCCCCAGCCCGACUGCUGCAAGCCUAAAGCUAGCCGCGGGGCCCAGAGCCAGCGCGCAGUCAGGAAGCGCUACGCGGGCUGCUCUGGAGUCACAGACAACGCUGACUGAGCUCGCAGACCUCUCUGGAGCCGCGCUGCUGGGACGCCGGCCACACCAUGGGCUGCUGCACCGGGCGCUGCUCGCUCAUCUGUCUCUGCGCGCUGCAGCUGCUUUCAGCCCUAGAGAGGCAAAUCUUUGACUUCCUUGGCUUCCAGUGGGCACCCAUUCUUGGAAAUUUCCUGCACAUAAUAGUUGUCAUACUGGGUUUAUUUGGAACCAUUCAGUAUAGGCCACGUUACAUCAUGGUGUAUACAGUGUGGACUGCCCUCUGGGUCACCUGGAAUGUGUUCAUCAUCUGCUUUUAUUUGGAAGUAGGUGGCCUCUCUAAGGACACAGAUCUGAUGACAUUUAACAUCUCUGUACAUCGGUCAUGGUGGAGGGAACAUGGACCUGGCUGUGUCCGGAGAGUGCUGCCGCCAUCAGCGCAUGGCAUGAUGGAUGACUACACAUAUGUCUCAGUCACAGGCUGUGUCGUCGAUUUCCAGUACCUAGAGGUCAUCCACAGUGCUGUACAAAUCCUGCUAUCUCUGCUUGGUUUUGUGUAUGCCUGUUACGUGAUCAGCAUUUCCAUGGAAGAAGAAGACACCUUUGAUUUCAUAGGUGGACUAGACGCGCACUCCCACUAUCAGGAUCAUGUUGAGUUAAAGCCUGUUAAACCUGUCGAAAUAAGUAAUGACAUUGACUCGGAAAUGCGGCUCCUGGACUUGAGUUAGGGAACAAAGAACCACUGGCCUCUGGCACUGGGGAUCCUACAGCGUCACCUUCCUCCCGGAUGGCAGGACUGCAACCCCUGCGGGCCAGCGAACAGGGAGCUGCAAGGUCUUUGGUCUCAGCCUGUGUAACAUUAGCCUUGUUUGCUAGAUGCAUUCUGAGUGUUUGGGUGGGUAUUUUUUUAGUCAUCUUCUUCUUAUAUGAACACUUGUAAAUUGUAAAAAAAAAAAAAAAGAAAAAGAAAAAGAAAAAAAGAAAGAAAAGAAAAACGAAAAAGAAAAAAUGGUUUUUUAAUUUUUUUUUUUUUUACAAUAUUUAACUUGAGGCAUGCAAAAUGAAAAAAGAACCUGUGAAAUUUUUCUCAAAAUCAUUUCUAAGGAGACUGUUUCUGAGGUGAGUGUGCCGUCCAGGCUGCUGAAUCCUGCUGGGCUAAUGGGUUUGUGUAAACACACAUUGCCUGUUGGCAUCAGACACAAGGGUAGACCUGUGGCAGCUUGCACACAAGCAGGAUCCAACUAUCAAACUAAGCCUGGAUCAUUGUUUAACAGCACCAGACACAGACAAAACGUGGAGUCCCUUGUUCUCGAUUUCUGAAGACCCCCCACAGCCAUGUUAUGGUGAUCUAAAUUCCAGAUUCAUGCAUAUCUUCUUCUUGCAAUAUUCUGAUAUUAUAUGUGUUGUGAGUACAAAAGAUGAGAAAUGAUUAGUGGAGGCCCUUCCCCUGUGGAGGGAGCUGGGCUGUCUCUGAGGCUCAUAUUUCCUGCUCUCUGUUUCACUCCCAACACUGAUGUCUUACCUAAACAUACAGCUCAAGGACUGCAAGAUAGAAAUCAUAGCCAUAAAUCUCUAGCCAGAAACUUUUAGGAUAUUCAAAGGGAACAUUCAAAGCCUAUGGAAUUCUCUAUAGAAACCUGUAAAGAAAAUAUUUAUGUCUGAGGUACAUCAAUUUUUCAUUUUCCCAUUCAUCCCAAAAACCAAGAAAAUUAUGUUGGAAACCUAAUUUUCUAAGGAAAAAGAAAGGUCUAUCUUGAAAAAUAAUAAAACAAUUGUAUGGCUUUUUAAGUUUAAGCAAAAUGUACACAAUGGUGAAAUGCAUAGAUUCUAAGGAACAAUGUAACUAAUUUUGAGAAAUGGACAACCCGAAUUACCAAUGUUUCAAUCAAAAUUCAGAACAUGUCUGACACUUCAGAAAACGUCCUUAGCGCCCCUUUUUUCGUCAGUCUCCAUGAUGCCAUCAACCCCCUUGUAAACUGCAGUGUGCCUGAGUUAGUCUGCUGAUUUAAACGUUACUCUCAUCUGGUUUUCACCAAAUAUCUGGACAUUGUAACAUGGCCAAAUGGAUACUUAAAACCUGAGUUGGUUCUCAAUGCUUAAGUUUCACUGCAUUGCUGAUUAACUGUCUGCUCUCGAUGUAAGGCAGGUGCUUGUCUCAUGUUUUUCCGUCUCUCCAUUAGUUCCCAUGUGAAAAUCCAUUUGACUCCUUUUGUAUACACAUGAAUGAGUUUUUUCUCUGU